CGUCACAAAGGAGGUAUUUAAUGCUGUGUUCUCUUCCAAGCAGAGUCAGACACGAGUCCAUCGCUCGGCGAGUGCAGUGAGGGAAAGUGUAGCAUUUAUAAACUAAAAAAAAACAAGCGUACCUAUAUAUUAAUAGCGCGCAUUUCUUUACAGCCCUAUCGGACCUGCUUCAUCAUUCGGAACCCGUCGAGAUCCUGAACAAAAAACCCUGCUUUUGCACAGGCGGUGAUAUUUUUUUAGCACCCGUGUGAUCUGUGAACAGAUUACAAAUCCGAUUAUAUGUCACAGUGAAUUGAAGAAACCAGCACACCGCCUCAGUCUGUCCGGCACUCGCUUUGGGUAUUUUACACCACCUCUUUCUUGUGGAUAGACCCGUCUCUGCUCCAGAGCAAGCCUGCGACAUGGUGAAUAAUCGCUCCGCGGAGUCCCAGGCGGUGUCUGUGGCAGGCGGGGGCUCUCCCCCCAGGUCCUGCGCAGGAUGCGGGGGGAAGAUCGCUGACCGCUUCCUGCUCUACUCCAUGGAGCGCUACUGGCACACGCGCUGCCUCAAGUGCUCCUGCUGCCAGGCUCAGCUCGGCGAGAUCGGCACCUCCUGCUACAGCAAGGGAGGCAUGAUCCUCUGCAGGAACGACUACAUACGGUUAUUCGGACACAGCGGGGCGUGCAGUGCCUGUGGUCAGUCCAUCCCGGCCAGUGAGAUGGUGAUGAGGGCACAGGGCAACGUCUACCACCUCAAGUGUUUCACGUGCGCCACGUGCAGGAACAGGCUGGUCCCGGGGGACCGGUUCCACUACGUCAACGGAACCAUCUUCUGUGAGCACGACCGGCCCAACGCAGCCCUGCUGAACAGUCACCUCCCAGCACUGCAGAGCAGCGCCAUGCUGCCCGACCAGAAGGUGUGUUGAAGAGCUGGAGAGGUCUGUGCCUUUGUGCCUUUUUGUCCCCCUGUGUCAAGCCUCUCUCUCUCUCUCUCUUCCCUGUUUUUUUUGUUUUUGUCGUGUCGUCCUCUCAUCGCAUUGUCAGUGGACCGCAAUAAAUUAUUUUUGAAAUUUUAAAGACAAACCGAAAAAUAAAUUUAUAUAUGAAUCUGCUUGAAAGAAUACUUGCUCCCUAGAAGAGGAAUCCUAUUCUCUGCAAACGCAGGACAAUGAUCUCGGAGCAGGGAGGGAGAGAGGACGGGCUGUGCUGGUCCACACCUGUUCACGCUGCCAGUCCGAUGGCCGGUCUGGAUCCCGCUGCUUCGGACAGUGACCUGCGCUCUAACUGCAAAGACACUGCGCUCCCCCUGCUGGAACACACCCUGCACAGUUUAACCACUCCCCUGUUCAUGUCAACCCGCUCCCUGGCCCAGAGUUUUUAGGGAACCUCUGCCAUAGCCUGCUCCUGUGUCUGCCUGCAAACCCCACCCUCCCUCAGUCAAGGUGUUGGAAAGUCUGUGUGUGUGUGUAUAAAAACAAAAACUCAAGUGCUUUGUCUUCUCUGCACUGUGACACAUUUCUCUAUCUGUAUCGUUUUUGUUUUCUUUUGAGGUGGGGGAGGGGAUUGUGUUCAGAGCAAAUUUUAAAAGGAAAAAAAAUUCUGUAAAUAAUUUUUAAGAAGUAUUGUGCAUUCUAUUGUAGAAUUGUAUUGUCACAUUGUAGAGUCUAUGUUCCAAGUGGACCUGAAAUUAAUAAUAAUGAAAGUUACUUAUUAAAGUGAAAACAUUAUUGUUAACAGCUUGGCCAGUGCAAAUCUGCGUGGUCAACACUAGUAGCUGUCCACAGGACAGAAAUGUUUGUAUUAAGGUGGACAAGAAGAGUGAAACGUAAUCUUCUGAAAGCCGUCGAGGCUGGUUUCACAGAACUGCUUCCUGCUACCUUCUGUAAGGGUAGCACUGAUCUGGGGCUGUGGAACCGGUCUUUGCAGAAGAGCCUGGGGCUGAAAAGGUUUAAGCAUUUGGACGUUCAGAGUCUCAAACAAAGAGAAGCUUCCACUGCAAAAUAAAGCACUCCCAUCUGUUCUGUGA